ACGCAGAUGACGUCAUUAGCAGACUGCGUCGUGUCCGAAAGAGCGAGCUUUUCGGUGUUAGCGCAUCAGUCCGACCGGACCGGGACUCGGUUCUGAAGAAGUCUUUUCACGGUGCUCGACUGACUCUGUUCGUUUCCUCAUCCGGUGUCGCUCGUGAGCAGAGUGGUGGUGACGUCACGGGCCCGCUGGUCUCGGACCAGACGGUCCCGGUUCGAAGGUUCGGAGGUUCGGCCGCUAAGAUGUGGUUAAAGGUGUUCUUCCUACUCUUGUACUUCAUGCUGCUGUUCGUGUUGGCCCGGUUCUUUGAGGUGGUUCUUUGGUACGAAACCGGCGUGUUUGGAACUCAGCUGGUGGAUCCGGUUCGGCUCAGUUACACCGAACUGAAGACCAUCCUGGAGAGUCGAGGACUGAGCUACUCUGGACUCAAGAAGAAGGAAGUCAGUGCCCUGCUCCAGAACUCAGGAGAGUUGACGGAGGGGGAGCUGUACUCAGCCAUGAAGGAAAAGGAGCGAGUAGGAGGAGGAGCAGGAGGCGCCAGCAUCACACACUUCAGUGGAGAAAUGCACUUCUAUGAGUUAGUGGAGGACACCAAGGACGGGAUGUGGCUGGUUCAGGUCAUUGCCCAGGACCGGGACGCUCCUCUCACUCAGACCAAGUGGGGAAAGAUGGUCCAGAAACUGUCUCAGUUUGGGAUAAGAAGUGGAACUUUGAACUGCUCUAAUGACCACAGGUCGUGCAUCAAACGCGGCUGGCAGCGUUCUACGAUGAUCAUGUCUGUUCCUCAAACUUCAGCUUCAAAGGGAAAAGUCAUGCUGAAAGAAUAUAACGGGUGCUGCAUUGAAACUGAGCACAUUUUCCACUGGAUGACCUCUCACGUUGCCCAUCGAAUCAAAACCGUGCAUCGGUUUGACCAGCUUCUGGCGGAGUGGCAUUCUGACCUCGCCCACCCCUUGAAAAUGUUCCUGUUUGCUCGUCUGUCUCAGCCUCCAGCCUUCUUCUCAUCCCUGUCUGUAAAAUUCACAGGCAGGAUAGAGUUUGUCUUUGUGGAUGUGCGUCGUUGGGACAAUCACAGCAACCUAUCACAGAUCGGCAUCCCGCAUAGCCCCGCCUACAUUCUUAAGACACCUGAGGGCAUUUAUCAUUAUGGAAACAGCACGGGUGAAUUUCUGUCCCUGGCUGCAAUGGACACGUUUCUUCGCUCCAUCCAACCGGAGGUCAACGACGUGUUUGUCCUUAGUCUGGUGCUGAUCAACCUGCUGGCCUGGAUGGACCUCUUCAUCACACAGGGAGCAACAGUGAAACGAUUUGUUGUUCUGAUUCGAACUCUUGGAACUUACAACUCCAUAAUGCUGGUGUCCUGGCUUCCUGUUCUGGCUGCCCUCCAGCUGCCCUACCUGAACAGUUUGUGUGGCUACAGUCUGAAGCUGCUUCGCUAUGCUGACACAACAGCCCUGGCCAGCUUGGUGAGAGCUGACUGGACAUUCUAUGCUUCACACCCAGGCCUCCUGCUGUCCACGUACCUAGUCCACGGUUUGCUGAUUGACUACUUUGAGAAGAAGCGCCGCUGUGCUGUUCAGAGCCAGGAGGACAACACCACUAAUUUGGAGUGGUUGGCCAGUUUGUGGGACUGGUACACUUCUUAUCUGCUCCACCCAAUCGCAUCACUGCAGCAGAUCCCGUCUGACCUCUCCGACUGGGAAGAAGAUCCAAGUUUCUUAUUUGAGCGUUUGGCUUUUCCUGAUCUUUGGCUUCAUCCAUUAGUAAAUCUGGAUUACAUUAGGGCCUUGCCAACCUGGACAUUUAGAGCUGCAGUUGACCACAGAGAGGAGGUGGAAGAGGAGACGGAUAGAUCACAGUUUGUCACAAAUCCUGACUGUCCUCUUUGUCCCAGUCAAAGGUCCAAAAGACGAGUGCCAAACCAGAAGAGCAGAAAAACCCAGCAGAGGCUCAGCAGCGCUCAGCCGUGUGCCUGCAGCAGCAUGACCGUAGCCAGUGACGGCUGUGGGUGUAGCUGUGAUACUGCACGCUGUCGGCAUGGAGACAGAACGCCACCAUCAGCAUCCAGCUGCCACAGCCCUGAAGGUCUUCCUACCCAUCAGCGCUGUGACUGGUCCGUAUGGCCGGCCAGCAUACUGCACUGUUCAGAGUGUGUGGUGUGUCUGGAGAACUUUGUCAGUGAUGAGCUAUUAAUGGGUCUGUCUUGCGGUCACGCCUUUCACCAGCAGUGCAUUAUGGUCUGGCUUGUAGCAGGCAGGCACUGCUGCCCGGUGUGUCGCUGGCCAAGCUACAAGAAGAAGCAUCAGCGCCACCUGCAGAGCAGUCCACCUGAAAACCACCUGCAGGACUGACAGUGCCUUUCUGAACCAAGCCUUCUGUCUCUUCUUCAGAGGCUGCCUUGGCUUUGGGAUGACCAGAGCCAAACUCAGAGUAAACUUCUAACAGGGGGUGGGGGAUACAGUGUGCAAUUUGUUUGUUUUUGCAGGAACCAGGUUCUUAGUACUAAGCUACCAGACCGCUCUGUGAUUAAGGUGUGGUCAGCUCUCCUCUUUGGCAUCACACACUCGGGUUGAGUUCGCCAAAUUGACUUGUUCUCCUUUGUAUCACUUUUGGUGACCAAAAAGCAGCUGGUGCACGGCUGCACACUGUGCAGUCAUUGUUUGUGUGAGUCUGGAAACAUGACCGUAGAUUCCCGACCACAGCCGAACUGUAUGAUCACAUCCAGUGAAGUCUGAAAGUUGACUUCUGCACCUCAGUCCCAGAAGGUCUUUGUGGACAUCCGCGUUAUUGUACAAAGCAACAGCUUAACAAUGCUGCAAUUAAAUAUAGAUUUCUCUCCGUUU